AUGGCGGACCCAGAAAAUGAAGUCUUGCGAAGCACCUUUCCAUCUUACAUGGCGGAGGGCGAGCGGCUGUAUCUAUGCGGGGAGUUCGCUAAAGCCGCCCAUAGCUUCAGCAAUGCUCUUCACCUUCAGAGCGGAGAUAAGAACUGCUUGGUUGCCCGCUCCAAGUGCUUCCUCAAGAUGGGAGAGCUGGAAAAAUCCCUGGAAGAUGCUGAGGCUUCACUCCAGGGAGACCCAACUUUCUGCAAGGGGAUUUUACAAAAGGCCGAGACCCUGUACACCAUGGGUGACUUCGAAUUUGCCUUGGUUUUCUACCAUCGGGGCUACAAGCUGAGGCCUGAUCGGGAAUUCAAAGUUGGAAUUCAGAAAGCCCAGGAAGCCAUCAACAACUCGGUGGGAAGUCCCUCUUCUAUUAAACUGGAGAACAAAGGGGAUCUGUCCUUCUUAAGCAAGCAGGCUGAGAGUAUGCAAGCCCAGCAGAAGCCUCAUCCCGUGAGACAGCUCGUACACCACCCCAAGAGAGAGAGCAAGCGGAAGGGCUCGCUCAAGAGCGAGAAGAUUGUCCGCCAGCUCCUGGGUGAACUCUACGUGGACAAGGAGUACCUGGAGAAGCUCCUGUUGGAUGAAGAUCUGAUCAGAGGCACCAUCAAGCAUGGCCUGACCGUGGAGGACCUCAUCAUGACAGGCAUCAACUACUUGGACACGCGCAGUGACUUCUGGCGGCAGCAGAAACCCAUCUACGCCAGGGAGCGGGACCGGAAGUUGAUGCAAGAGAAGUGGCUGCGGGACCGCAAACGCCGUCCCUCGCAGACAGCCCGCUACAUCCUCAAGAGUCUGGAGGACAUUGACAUGUUGCUGACUAGCGGCAGUGCUGAAGGCAGCCUUCAGAAAGCUGAGAAAGUGCUGAAGAAGGUACUGGAAUGGAACAAAGAGGAGGUGCCCAACAAGGAUGAACUGGUGGGAAACCUAUACAGCUGCAUAGGGAAUGCCCAGAUCGAGCUGGGGCAGAUGGUAGCGGCCCUGCAGAGCCACAGGAAGGACCUGGAGAUCGCCAAGGAGUACGAUCUUCCUGAUGCCAAGUCCAGGGCCUUGGACAACAUUGGCAGGGUUUUUGCCAGAGUUGGGAAAUUCCAACAAGCCAUUGACACGUGGGAGGAGAAGAUCCCUCUGGCCAAAACCACCCUGGAGAAGACCUGGCUGUUCCAUGAGAUUGGCCGCUGCUACCUGGAGCUAGACCAGGCCUGGGAGGCCCAGAGCUACGGUGAGAAGUCCCAACAGUGCGCCGAGGAAGAAGGGGACAUGGAGUGGCAGCUGAAUGCCAGCGUCCUGGUGGCGCAGGCACAAGUGAAGCUGAGGGACUUCGAAUCGGCCGUGAACAACUUUGAGAAGGCCCUGGAGAGAGCGAAGCUGGUCCAUAACAACGAGGCGCAGCAGGCCAUCAUCAACGCCUUGGAUGAUGCUAACAAGGGCAUCAUUGAAGAGCUGAAGAAAACCAACUACAGGGAGAUACUCAAAGAAAAGAAGGAGAAAGAAAAUGCCACUAUGUUGGAUCAAACACAGACAGCAAAGGAGAAGGAAACGAGGAAAACCAAAGAUGAACCUGAGAAGGUGAUAAAGCAGUGGGGGCAGGAGAAACAGCCCGAAGGUGUCUUGUCUAAGGGAACUUUGGGGCUCACAGCUAGGCAGCCGGAACACAGGCAGAGAGAAGACCCAGAAAAAGCCUCAUGGAGGAAAGAAUUGGGUGCAAAGGAGAGAGGUCCAGGAGGCACUGCCAAAGGACAGUUUGGGGAACCAGGCAGGACAGCACAGAACAGAGAGGAAACCAGGGAAAUUUACAGGAGGCCUUCAGAACUGGAUCAAAACCUUUCAGAUGAAUCAAGCCCAAGGGAAUCAGAAGGACUAGAGAAGAGCCUUUCAAAAACUGACGGAGGAGAGUUGGAAGCACUUGGGAAAACAGAAUCAGGAGAAACAAAAGAAAUGGAAAUAACAGAAAAUUCUGAAAAAAUAGAAAAAGAUGAAAAGGAAGAUGAACCCACUGAGUAG